AUGGAUAGUAGAGAGUAUUUGAAGUCAUAUGGUUGGAAAGAAGGUGAAGGGUUGAAAAAAGAUAGUCUGAAGAAACCUAUACUGGUUAAGCAUAAGAGAGACAAGAAAGGUUUGGGGAAUGCGCCAGGUGGAGACGACAGUGAAGCUUGGUGGGAAAGGUUAUUUGAUGGACAAUUGAAGAGUCUCGAUGUCACUAGUGAUUCUAAAGGAAAGGGUAUAACAUUUAACCAGAAUGAAGUAAAAGCUACAAGUGUGUCGAACAAUGUAUCUCCCUUAUACAAAUGGUUCGUCAGAGGUGAACCACUGAAAGGUACAAUUGAUGAUAAAUUUUUGAAAAAGAAUGGUAUUGUUAUUGCAAGCAUUGACGAGCCAAAAAACAAUAAAAGAAAGAGAUCUGAUUACGACGAUGAUGGUGAUGCUAAAGAAUAUAAAAAGAGCAAAAAUAGGAGCAAAGAGGCGAAGAAAGAUAAGAAGAGUAAGAAAGAUAAGAAGAGUAAGAAGGAUAAGAAGAGCAAAAGGGAUAAAAAGAGUAAGAGUAAUAAAUCAAAAAAAGUUAAAGAGCAUGAAUAA